GUUCCGCACUACAUUUCCCACAAUCCUCUGGAAUGUGCGUCUGGGUGUGUGGGAGAAAGAUUAAAAUUGCACCAUCUGCAGACUUUGAUUUGGUAUCAAUGGCUGCAGCAGAUAUUUUCUACAGGGCUUUGCUGUAUUAUGAGCUGUAGUAAACCAUCACACUUCGAUCGUUUCUCAGGAGGAUCUGUGGCAGGUGCCACUAUCACUGGACCCUCACCUGACAUCAGCAACCAGACCAAAAUGGAAGCUAGUUUUGGAUCCACGUUUCCAGCAGUCCCUCAAGUAGCAAAAGCGGAAACUAAUUACAAACAGCACCGUAGAACCCCUUCAUCCUCCAGCACUCUGACCUACUCCCCUCGUGACGACGAUGAUGGCAUGCCACCCAUUAGUACCCCUCGUCGCUCAGACUCUGCCAUCUCGGUUCGCUCUCUGCACUCCGAGUCCAACAUGUCGCUGCGCUCCACCUUUUCUCUCCACGAGGAAGAGGAAGACACAGAGCCACAGGUGUUUGCGGAGCAGCCCUCAGUUAAGCUUUGUUGCCAGCUGUGCUGCAGCGUGUUCAAGGACCCCGUCAUCACCACCUGCGGACACACAUUCUGCAGGCGAUGUGCCUUGACCUCAGAGAAAUGCCCCGUGGACAAUUCCAAGCUCACAGUGGUAGUGAAUAACAUAGCGGUGGCCGAGCAAAUCGGAGAGCUUUUCAUUCACUGCAAGUACGGCUGUCGGCCAGCUGCCUCGGGCAAACCCGGAGCCUUUGAGGUUGACCCACUUGGCUGUCCUUUCACCAUCAAGCUUAUCACCAGGAAAGAUCAUGAAGUAAGCUGUGACUACAGACCUGUUCGCUGUCCCAACAACCCCAACUGCCCUCCAUUGCUCACCAUGAACCUGGAGGCCCAUCUGAAAGAGUGUGAACACAUUAAGUGCCCUCACUCUAAAUAUGGUUGCACCUUUAUCGGGAAUCAGGACACGUAUGAGACGCACCUGGAGGUGUGUAAGUUCGAGGGGCUGAAGGAGUUUCUCCAGCAGACAGAUGACAGAUUCCAUGAGAUGCAGGUGACACUGGCGCAGAAGGACCAGGACAUCUCGUUCCUGCGCUCCAUGCUGGGCAAACUCUCUGAGAAACUAGACCAGCUGGAGAAGAACUUGGAACUCAAGUUCGAUGUGCUGGAUGAGAACCAGAGUAAGCUCAGCGAAGAUCUGAUGGAGUUCAGACGAGAUGCUUCCAUGCUGAAUGAUGAACUGUCUCACAUCAAUGCCAGACUCAAUAUGGGUAUACUGGGCUCCUACGACCCCCAGCAGAUCUUCAAAUGCAAGGGUACUUUUGUGGGCCACCAGGGUCCGGUGUGGUGUUUGUGUGUCUAUUCUACCGGUGAUCUUCUCUUUAGUGGGUCAUCAGAUAAGUCCAUCAAGGUUUGGGACACAUGCACCACAUAUAAGUGCCAGAAAACCCUUGAGGGCCAUGAUGGAAUAGUGUUGGCAUUGUGCAUUCAGGGGAACAAGCUUUACAGUGGCUCAGCUGACUGCACCAUUAUUGUUUGGGAUAUCCAGACCUUGCAGAAAGUGAACACUAUCCGGGCACAUGACAACCCAGUGUGCACUCUGGUGUCCUCACACAACAUGCUAUUCAGUGGCUCUCUCAAAGCCAUUAAGGUGUGGGAUAUUGUGGGGACGGAGCUGAAGCUAAAGAAGGAACUAACUGGCUUGAAUCACUGGGUUCGAGCUCUGGUUGCUUCUCAGAAUCAUCUGUACAGUGGAUCUUAUCAAACCAUAAAGAUCUGGGACAUCCGUUCUCUGGAGUGUGUCCAUGUGCUCCAGACCUCUGGAGGCAGUGUGUACUCCAUUGCAGUCACCAAUCACCAUAUAGUUUGUGGCACCUAUGAGAACCUCAUUCAUGUUUGGGACAUUGAGUCCAAAGAGCAGGUGCGGACGCUGACGGGCCAUGUGGGCACAGUGUAUGCCCUGGCCGUCAUCUCAACCCCCGAUCAGACCAAAGUGUUCAGUGCCUCCUAUGAUCGCUCUCUCAGGGUGUGGAGCAUGGACAACAUGAUCUGCACCCAGACUCUGCUGCGGCACCAGGGCAGCGUAACGGCGCUCGCUGUGUCCAGAGGAAGACUCUUCUCUGGAGCUGUAGACAGCACCGUAAAGGUGUGGACGUGCUAAAUGUGACCGCUAAUCAUUAGUAGUUGUCAACAUGUUGAGUAAUACGUCACAAAUCUCUUGCAACUCUGUGGACUCGGGCAUCUGUCCCGUGUGAAUUUUGCAGUAAACUGUUGGACAAACACGCCUUCUUCGUGCGCUGGAUGGAUGUUGCUUGUUUCCGAUUACCGGAUUCUCUUGACAGCAAACAGAAUCUCCAAACCUUCACUGUAUUUUAUAUACACAAGAUAAUUUCCUAUAGAAGUAUGAUUUAGAUUUGGCAAGACUUCAACUCUACAAAUGAAGCUGAAUCCAGUCUAAGGUCAUGUUCCCUGCAGACCAUGGAAAAGUUGGUGGCCUGUUGAACUUUGACCUUCAUAAGUUGCAGUCUCAUGACUGAGUGAGUGCCUAAGCUUCAGUCUGAUGCCAGUGGAGAUGCAUGGAGCAACCAUCAUCCCAGGGCUGAAUGAAGACCUACACUACACCAACUUGGGCCUGAAACAGCAGAGCAUUGUUUUGGACAACACAGUGCCCACGCUUUUAUCUCAGAUUUGACAGUGCCAACUGAGCGGCCAGAACUGCUCAGAUAUUUUCUAACUGCCCGUUGACCGAUGUGAAACCUUUGUAUGACGGUAUAAUGGCCUACUCAUCCAUCAUGCUUUUGUGUAAAUAAUGCUAUGGUUCCUUACCAACGGUGCAACUUCUCCAUGCAUGGUUCCAUGUUUGCCAUGGAAGUCAGAUUUUGCCCAUGCAAAUCUAGUAAGACUUUUAUAAUGUAAUUCAUGCUAGUUACUAAAUCAUUUUGAACAGAAUAACAGUAAUUCUGAUUAGUCUGAUGAGUGUAAAGCACUUAAUUCAUUAUCACUGAGCAUCCUAGCAUAACUUUUAAGAAGUAAUGAGGUCAAUGGAGUGGAAGGAAACACUGUUGCAUUAAGUUGAGUUCCCCUCUCAGCUUUAAGUGAAAAUUCACCCAAAAAUGAAUCAUAUUUUACUCUUUCUGUCAUCCCAAACCUUUAUGACUUGAUUUCU